UCCCUCGUCUUCUGUGUUUUUCUCGUGCGUGGUCAACGUGAUCGCGUGUUCGGCAUGCAAAGAUGGAUGCAACGUUCAUCAGCAUUCGCCAUUUUAGUUCUCCUUCUGGUGUUCACUGGCUGUUGAACGAGACUGCAAAGUUAUGCAGAUUACUCCUGAACUGGGCUUGCUUGUGCGCAUCAACCUCGUCUAUUUUAGUAAUGGAUGUCGGCUUGUGAUUGUUGAUGCCCGUAAGGAACUCGUGACUUCUUCGGUUAUCGUCCCUUGCUAUCUUCUCGUAUCUCCAUCGUUUUCCUUUUCGUUCCUCUAUAUAAACCACGAUUAGACUCCUACGGAUUCCUCACAUCGUUCACACCAUUAACGUUGCGUUUGAGUUCGAGCUGUGUCCGAUACGAAAUGGGGUUCAAGAGACUCUUCCUAGUUGCCUUGAUGGUAGUGUCGAUCCUCGGGAUUGCUGAGAGCUUCGACUUUCACGAGAAGGAGCUGGCCUCUGAGGACGGCCUGUGGGGCCUGUACGAGCGGUGGCGGAGCCACCACACGGUGUCCCGGAGCCUCGAUGUCAAGCGCAAGCGGUUCAAUGUGUUCAAGCAGAACGUCAUGCACGUCCACCGUGUGAACCAGCAGGACAAGCCCUACAAGCUGAAGCUCAACAAGUUCGCGGACAUGACCAACCAUGAGUUCAGGAGCUCGUAUGCCGGGUCGAAGGUCGACCACCACAGAAUGUUCCGUGGGGCGCCGCAUGGCUCCGAGAGCUUCAUGUAUGAGGACGACAGUCCGGUGCCCCCGUCCGUAGACUGGAGAAAGAAAGGCGCGGUCACCAACGUCAAGGACCAAGGCCAAUGCGGUAGUUGCUGGGCAUUCUCGACUGUGGCAGCGGUCGAGGGAAUCAAUUACUUGAGGACGAACCAGCUCGUCUCUCUUUCCGAGCAAGAGCUGGUGGACUGUGACACCGCACAAAACCAAGGGUGCAAUGGCGGGCUCAUGGACUAUGCAUUCGAGUUCAUCCAGCAAAGGGGAGGCAUCACGACCGAGUCGAAUUACCCGUACCAAGCUAGCAAUGGGACCUGUAAUGCCGCCAAGGAGAAUUCUCCGGUUGUGUCGAUCGAUGGACACGAAGAUGUGCCAGCUAACGACGAGGAUGCGUUGCUGAAGGCGGUGGCGAAUCAGCCUGUUUCUGUGGCCAUAGAUGCAGGCGGUGCAAAUUUGCAAUUCUACUCGGAGGGCGUAUUCACCGGAGAAUGUGGCACGGAGCUAAAUCAUGGAGUCGCGAUCGUCGGCUAUGGGAGCACCCUCGAGGGGACCAAGUACUGGAUCGUGAAGAACUCGUGGGGUCCGGAAUGGGGCGAGAAGGGCUACAUAAGGAUGGAGCGCGGCAUCGCUGCUAAGGAAGGGCUGUGCGGCAUAGCCAUGGAGGCCUCAUACCCUGUCAAGAACUCCUCGAAUAAUCCCGGCGGAGUUUCGUCGCCUGCUAAGGAUGAACUCUAAGCAAUGGCUCAACAUUGACUAGUGAAGUGGGCAUGUCCUGUGUCCACAUAGACCCAAAUAAUGUCUGCUCCCCGAUGAUUCCAUAAUGCAUGUUUAUAAGGGUCUCUUAGGCAGCGAGAUAAAUUGGUCUUUCCUAAAAUUGUUACUAUUCGA